UGUUAUUGGGUGAUUGCUGCCAUCUAGCGGUCUUAAAGAGAGUUGCACGGCUGAGUACAGACGCCACAUUGGAUCCUGCUCCCGUUCUCUUCUGGUUUUUCAUGUUAUUUUCAGACUCGUGGCUUUUCGUUGUCGCUUCACGACAGUAGGAAACAUGGCUUCGAUAAAGGAACGCGCCGCGGCCUUGAACCUGGCAGAGAAGCUGCGUGUGAGGCCGCAGGGUGAGUCCGCUCAACACAAGGUGUUUGUCACGACAACUGGUCACGUGUGUUCACUGAAGAAUCCAAGGAGUCUUCGAGAAAAGACCAUGGAAAUCAAAAGUCUUUGUGUCCCAGGUAAACCUCAGUCCUCCUCACUGUGGAGUGGACUCAUCUCACACCUCAGGUCGUCUGUGACGGUGAAGCGACGCUGGCUUCACCUCAAAUCCCACAGUGACUGUUUUCUGGGCUGUGAAGCUGUGGAUGUGGUGACUGAACACAUGAGCGGCGUCAAGGGCUUCCAAGACGCUGACGUGUCUCGAGACAAAGUGGUGUGUGUGUGCCAGGCUCUGCUGGACUGUAAAGUGUUUGAGGCGGUGGGCACCAAAGUGUUCGGUAAAGACAGGAAGCAGGAAGUGUUUCAGGACAGCAAGAGCGCCCUCUACAGGUUUGUUACGGUGCGAGUCCCUUCAGUGGACGAGUUGGAGAGAGGUUUCCUCGCUGAUGGGAUUCAAAGACUCUUCUGCAGAGAUCAGUCUGAGAGACAAGAUGAACGGACGUGUCCCACAGAGACACACGUGUCCAUAUCAACCCCUGUCAAAGUCAUCCAGAUGUCCACUAAUGUCCCUGUCAGCCUGUCAGUGGAGGCUGUGGACAGUCAGUGGAUGAGUGUGAGUCCCAGCAGGAUCCAGAGCCACUCGGCCGUACCACAGUCAGUGGUGGACGAGGUGUGGCAUGAACAGACUCUGCUCAGGCUGCUAAACCUGGUUGAGGUCCCCCUUCUGGAAGGGCUGCUUCACUGCAGCCAGGUCCAGUCGUCACCACGUCACCGGCCGCCUCACAAUAAUCCAGACCUGAUCUACAGCAGCAAUCACCUGGACAGACAGAUCCUCAAGGCCUUCAGAGACACUCAGGAGGACCAGUGGCUGCGUGCAGCUCUGGACUGUCUGGACUUCCUGUCUGAUCAGCCCGUGGUGGAGCUGAGCAGGGAGCUGCCUCGAUGUUUCCCUCAGGACCCUGAGAGCUGUGAGCAGGCUGCUGGUGGAGGUGGAGGUGCAGAGGACGGAGGAAAGACGUCGAACCACGGUGGCGCCAGUGAGGAGCCUGGUCUCUCAGUGAGUGGCCUGGACCAAUGGAAGCUGCUGCUGUACAGAACCGUGAGCAGACACUACGGCCACACGGACAGGUCUCCACUGAUGCCUCAGAACAUGAGUGACGUCUACACGGCCAUCACCGAGCUGCUGGUUAAUGCCAAGUUUGACAAGGCUCUGGAGGCACUGCAGCUGUGCUUGAAGUUGCUGCCCCCUGGCUGCAGAGACGAGCUACGCAGACUGCUAACCUUCAUGAGCCUGGCGGCAGAUCCUCAAGGGAUUAAACUGGAUAAGGAGAUGGAGAACAGGUUAGCAGUGAAGAGGGCGUUCUCCAGAGCUGUGGUCCACAGCAGAGUCCUGCCAAAAGACAAAGAAGACCUACUGGUGGUCUUCAUGCUCAGCAACAUUAAGGAAAUCUUUAAGAUUCCUGGGGCUCUGCACAAAGGAGUGAGUGACAAGUUGGCUGGUCUCGUCCAGGAGACUCAGCCUGAUGUCACUGGCCCUGUAACAUGUCAGCAGGUUUCCAGCAGAACGUACACUGAUUCGACCAAGGAGAACACCAGGCAGGAACUGUGGGCCUUACUGAACAGCAUACACCUGAACACAAAGGUCUCGGCCAAGGAGAGAAAACGCCGACUCGGACAGUUCUCCCAGGCUCACCCUGAGAUAUUCAACCAAUACUUUGGUGAUUCUGCUCUCAGUGUGCUGUAGGGUUUGAGUCCAUGCGACUGGCAGCGUCACCACACAACGGCUGAAGAAGACGGAAACUGUUAGGUUUAUGUGGGGAGCGCAGUGUGUUAUUAUUGAUUGUUGUAUUUGUUGCUGUGAAAGAAUAUGAAUAAAUCUUUGGAGUAAUAUUGACAAUAAAGCACAAUUCUAUAGCUUU